AUGGGGAGGAAGUCUCCGAUACGGAGGAUACCGGUCCUGGAAUCCACGGCAGACUCUGACCAAGAGUACGUCCCUUCCACAAACCGGUCAUCGUCCUACCGUUCGGCAACCCCGACGAAGUUCUCUGAGGUCAAUCUUGUUAGGUCCCAACAGCGAUUGGUACAUCAAACUGUGGAGGAGAUACCGGACAGGGACCCUGUCAUCCGCCUCCUCCUUCAAAGGGUACAGAAGAUGGAGGACGAUCGAACUCGCUCUCAGGAGCCGGAUUGGGGAAGGCUCCGGUCAGGACCCUUCACCGAACGCAUAAGGCACUCACGGCAGGAUAGGGACGUACAGCCCCUACGCAUAACCCCUUAUACAGGGGUGGAGGAUCCACUGACGCACCUUCAUUCUUUCCAAUCGGCAAUAGGGUGCCGAGGGCUAAGCGACGAAGGCCUGUGCCUUCUGUUCCCUUCCUCACUCACGGAAGCAGCUCUAAAUUGGUUCUACCGUUUGGAACCGGGGACGGUCGAUUCCUUCGACGAGCUGAAGCAAAUCUUCCUGAACCACUUCAUGAUUCAGACAGACAGACUAUACUCCGCCGACGACCUGUAUACCAUUCGGCAGAGAGAUAACGAACCAUUGCGUGAGUAUGCCGCACGAUUCAGCCAUGAAUACUCGAGAUGUCCGGAUACCGAUGACAGAGCGGCCUACGGCGCCUUCAAGAGUGGCCUACGGUCCUCACACUUUCGGUAUCUGGUACACAGCAGCAAUUGGCGUACGUACGAUGAACUCAUGAAACAAGCGGCAAUCCACGCCAAAGCUGAAUACUUCAACUCAAGGGCCGAGCCCACGGCUCGGCAGAGCGAACCCGUACAGCGUUCCUCCGCGGCACAGGCAUCGCCGUUCGCUCCAGCAGCGCAAACUGCCGGACACCUUGAAAGCCACAAGUGCAAAGACGCCGGAAGCUCCCAAAGGGGGCAUUCCAAGAAAAACAAGAGCAGGUACGGCAGGGACAACUACCGAGCCCCACUACCGACACAUAACCAGGGGACAGAGGUGUUCACUCUGCUCAAUACCUCCUACGAGGCAGUACUGAUGAACGAAAACGAGAUAAUCCCGAAGCCAUCGUUCAGAAAGCCUAAUCGGCAGGACGGCAGGGAUACAGGGAAAUUCUGCCGAUACCAUCAGCAGAAUAGCCACAAUACCGAGGACUGCAUAAGUUUGCGAAAAAUCGUUGAACGGUUAAUUCGGGAAGGGAAAUUCUGCCGAUACCAUCAGCAGAAUAGCCACAAUACCGAGGACUGCAUAAGUUUGCGAAAAAUCGUUGAACGGUUAAUUCGGGAAGGCAAACUGGAUCAAUACAUAGCUAGGCACCAACAGGCGCCAGUAGCGAACGCUAAUCAGCAGAUCAACAUGAUCAGCACGAUCAGCGGAGGCUUAGCCCUCGCCGGAGCAUCUAACCGGUCGAUAAAGCAGUAUGUCAGGGCGGCACAGUACCCCCAAGUCCUCGGCAUUGAAGGUAGCCGCCACACAAAGAUGCCGAAGGUCAGGUGGGAACCCAUCAGCUUCUCCGAGGAAGAAGAGGAAGGGAUCAUCUACCCACAUAACGACCCUAUGAUCAUCCGAGCCGAGAUUGCCGAGUUCGAUGUCGGACGAAUCCUGAUCGACAAUGGGAGUUCGGUAAACGUCAUCUUCGCCGAUGCAUUCAAAGAACUCGGGAUAGAUGACAGCCAGGUCAAUCGGCAACUCUCGCCUCUCCUAAGCUUUUCGGGAGAUCUGGUCCAGCCAAUCGGUAGUGUCAGUCUGUCAAUCUCUUUCGGCACAGCCCCACGAAGGACCAUGGUCUACGACCAGUUCCUUGUGGUGGACUGUCCCACGGCGUACAACGUUAUUGUCGGCCGAACGGCGCUCACGGCAAUAAAGGCCCACUUGUCCCCCCACAUGCUACUCAUGAAGUUCCCAACCUGCUACGGCACGGGGGCAAUCAGGGGCAAUCAAUUGAGCGCUCGGAACUGCUACGCCACAGCGUUGAAAUCGGCAGCUCCGCACAAGCAAAAGGAAACCUUCACGGUCGCAGACCUGCCGAACGGCAAUGAGCCAGUAGACGAUCCAAGGGAGGAAAUGCCCACCCCGGUGGCACAACCUGCCGAAGAUCUCGAAACGGUGGCGGAACCGGUAGACGAUCCGAGCGACAACCGGAACGGUGUGUAA